AUGUGGGACNUCAAAAAUCAUCGUUGGUAUGUGACUUGUGAUUAUAUCAAAUCAUUAGCAGGUAUUCGAUUGUAUUCACUACCGAUCUGUAAUCCAAUGUUUAUGUAUUAUACAAAUUCAUCCAAAAUAUCCCUAUCUACUUUACCAACAAGUGAAAAGGAUCACGUUGAAAUAACACAAUAUGUUAACAAUAUUAGUUUGAAUUUGAAUGAAACACUUGAACGUGGUGGAGAUAAAGCAUCGAAGAAGUCAAGUGAAAGUGCCUUGUUUCGACGACUCGAGUGUCUUUCAGUGAACUUUGAUGGAAGACAUCCAUACACAUCGUUAUCAUCUCUUCGAACACUGAUUGAUCUUUCAUCAGUGGUUCGUUUAACAAUUCAACUUCUCGUUCAUAAUUUUGCUCAAAAAACAUCGUUGAGUGAUUAUCUGUCAGCGAUACUGAGAGAAGCAUCGAACAUUCACACGCUCAAACUCACUUAUAUUCAUAGCGAAGAGUCGUUGCAUAGUACACAGAGUUUGUGUACAUUGAUUCCACAUACAGUUCAACAUCUACAGAUUUCGAUAAGUAACUUCAAGGAAAUGAAGAUGAUCUUGGAACAAGUUCCUCAACUGUUUAGUGUAACAUUCUAUUCGUCAGACAUAUCAAAUUAUUGUGAAGAUAUUGAACAAUGGCUGAAAAUGAAGAGGUCAAGAUCUUUGUGUCGACAUGGUUUACGAUGUAUCCAGAUCUGGCUUGGAAAUUGUCAUGAUCAUGAUCAAAGCAGGCCUCGGACACGACGUCUUUUCGGUCGAUUCCAUCGUAGAUCACCACCUAGUUAA